AGGUCCCAAAGAAAGAGGCAUUUUUAUCCAAGAUAAGGAAGGGGGAAGCUCGGCUACGAUACAAAAAAUAUGGGCAGCUUACUCGUUCAAUAAGUCUUCCUUGCCCAGCACCGCGGAACUGUGGUGAACGAAUUGCAAGACUAUACUUGUGGAACGAUAUCAAGCCUCUUACAAGGGCCUUGCAAAAGAUAGCAACAGGUCAUGCAAUGCGCUUGCUCCAACAAUACACAAAUGCGGAAAAUGCAAUAACGAGACGUUCCUGAACGCACGAUACAGCAACAAUCCUUCGCCAACGCAACCAGCCAGGAAAAUAAAUGAGCAUCGUGACAACUGAGCACGGGUCCGAAUAUAUAUUAAUCAACUCGAGAUUGAAGUUCCAACUCCGCAUGCACAAGGAGCAGUUCACCUCGCAAGGUCUCCGAUCGUGAGUCGAGCCAUCAGCCAUGACGCCUGGUGGCCAUGCCACAGAGCUCCGCCUCGUUGGAGAUCUUCAGUCUUCACCGACAGGUGGGGUUCAUUGCGGGGUCGAUGUGGGGGCCAAAAGCGCAGGCGAAGGCUGGGCCAGCGAACAGGAGGGAGCGGCUGCGGGCAUCAGAGCUUGUGAGAAUCGGUGUGAGAAGUCUCUUAGGGCUGCAGCUCGCGGGAAGCGUUGCAUGUCGCCCUGUCCAGGCCUCGUCGCCAUGCGGGAGCGGGAAAGGGAGACGAAUCGGCAGCGAUCGUGGCUUUGCAGCACAGCCCCUUCGGUAUCGACCGUGACUUCACCGUCGCGCCGUGGAGGAGGAAACGGGUUCCAGUUGUGUUUCGCGCGACAAGUGCCUUGGCCAGGCAAGAACAUUGGCCAGGCCGCGCUCUCCUGCCCCACUGCCAUCCUCAGGCCGCCGGCAGGCACCGGUGAAGCGAUGAUCGAGAUAGCUUCAUUACACCUGCUGAGGACUGGGGACGGUGAGGUGUACCGGACUCCGUAAAGGGGCGGAGUGCAGCACCCAACCGCUCGGUGCCGGGUUUGUUUGUCUUAACAAUCAUGAUAAGAAGAUGACAUAGCAGUCAGCCGGCUGUGUUUGAUAGGCCGCAGCAUACGAGGCAAUUCAUUUGCAUGCGGUAUAUUGGGUGACUUCUCCGGCCCUCUACUUGUGAUACCUACCCAGAUGUAUCCCCAGCUCUAGCC